CCGUGCCCUCCGCCUUGCGGGCCCCAAGACAUGUGCGCUCGCACCUGGCCCCUGAGUUUGCUUCCCACUGAAGAGAGGAACGGGAUCCCGCCAUCACCACGCCCCACACUCACCCAGCCUCUGAGCCGUGCACUUUGCACCUGGUGGGAGGGACAGGGGCCACCUGCUUUCCCAGAACGAGGGCCCCCUCACCCCAAACUCGCGGCAGCUUCACAGAUGUGGCCACUGUGGUCCGGCUGGUGUGGCUGGCGGCCUCCCCGCCACCCCAGGCUAAGCCUAUGCCUUCCUGCCACCUCCGAGGGCCUCUCUCCACAGGGACCUGGCGUCCAGGAGUCUCCGGGGAAGGCAUUGGCCUCCGGGCUUGGGUAGCUGGGGGUGAGGCCAUGCUUCUUGUUAGGGAACGGAGGUCGGGCUGCUCUGGACGACCCCAGCUGGCUGUGUCCCCCAUUGUGGGCUGGGCAGGUGGACGGCAGAGCUGGGGAGCCCUGGGGCUAUGUCCCCACACAGAAGGCAUUAGCAACCCUGAGCUGUGCCCUCGACAGGGCCACGGACUGGGGUCUCGAGCUGCUUCUUGUCCCGAGCUCCUGUCCCCACUGGGCCCCUCUUCCUCCUGGUGCUAAUUUGGGGACCCUAGGGGCCAUCCCCGGCCUCUUCUCCAGACUGGGCCCGGGGUUCCCCCAGAAAUCAGGCCCCGCCAGCCUGCUCCGGCAGCCUGGGAUUAUUUCUGGGCAAGGAGGUCCCCUGGGUUGGUGCGCGAGGACCCCCACUUGUCACCUGGAGCGACACUGCAGGCCCCUCUCGCUGGAGGUGGCCUGGGGGUCCCCACCUGGGGACAGCCACAUUGUCCCCAGCCGCACAUUCCGCAAAGGCCCACGAGCCCUCUUCCCAAGGGUUGGCUUUGGACCCUGGAUCCUGACCUGGCCUGGUCCCUAGGGGCCUGGUGGCCAGGGCUAAGGCCGCCUUACCGCCGGGUCACCACCCAUAGCCUCGAGGGCAGGCUCAGUGGCCACCCCUGGACUGGAGCCGGGGUCGCUGUCCAGGUUCUGCCCCUCCUGUGGCCGGGAGGAGGGGCCCGCUCUGGGGGUGACCUGGGCCAUAGCCGUGGGGCCCCUGCACUUCCUCCCUCGAGUCUGCCCGCGUCCCUGAGCCGUGAGCCUUCGCUGAAGUGCCCUUGCUGCCCCUCUGCUUUCAGUGUGUGGUGAGGCCCCAUGUUCUUGAUUUUCCCAGAGAAGCAAAUAAAAGUGUGAAGAGCCCAGUUCCUGGAGUAAUUGGAUUUCAGCAAUGGGAAGGGUGCAGCCAGGCCAGAGGUGGGGUGGGGCCCGCUGGCGGUGCAGCCAUAAAGGGAGGCCGAGCACUGCCUCCUGGGUCGGCCAGCUGCUCCCACUUGUAGCCAGUCCUGCCUCGCGGGCUCACACAGGCUGCAAGGCACCGGAGGCAGAGAUCGAUUCCCACCUGCUCCCAAGCAGCAUCUGGGCAGAAAGAAGAACGCAGGCCCACUGGGGCCAUCGGUGAACUUCAAGUGAGCAGAUCUAAGACACCUCCUAAUGAGUCAGGGAACAGAGGCUAGGCACAAGAAGGUGGAUGCAGUCAGUGAGCCUGGAGGUCUCCACCCACAGAAGAAAGGUCAGCCAAGACACCUGAGGAGAUGGACCGUGUGACCAGAUACCCCGUCUUUAGUCACUCACCCUCAGCUCAUGUCACUGGGCUGGCUCUGGAUGGGGAUGCCAGUUAUACAAUUGAGCUGGUGGGCGUGGGGCCCGAGGAUGGUGGCUGGGGUCAGGACGAGCCCCAAACUUUCCCCUCAGACUGGGAGGCCCAGGUGGACAGGACGGAGACACGGGUGUUCCGUGGCACGCGUGCUGUCCUCAGCCACCCAGAGAAGGGCAGGGACGGAGAAAUGAAGGUUUAUGUCCUCGAUGCCAGCCGUGGCCCACCCAGGCGGCCACAGGACCUAGAGCGCGAGCGCCGGGCAGUAAUCCGGGGACAGGUGGUCAGGAAAAGCAGCACUGUGGCCACGCUUCCUGGCACCCCUGACCACGGGGACCCCGGGCCACCUGGCCACCCUCAGUUCAGUCCUCUGGAGGAGGAAGACGUGAUCGACAGGGAGCAGAUUGAUUUCCUGGCUGCUAGGCAACGCUUUCUGAAGCUGGAACAGGACAGCAUGAAUGGGACAUCCAUCCCCCAGAGUCCCCUGGCCAAAGUGUUCCCUGCACAUGCCCAGCAGGGGAUCAUCCAGGCCCCCAAGGCCUCGAAUGAGCCCCAGCCGGCCAACGGGUAUGUUGUCCCUGCCACAGCCCAGGACAAGGAAGUGGUCAUGGUGGAGAACAGGGUCCGUGGUUUUGCAACAGGGCCCAGCAUCCAAGCUGUGGACAGCUCUGGCUCCUGGUCCCAAGCCACUAAGGACUCCAGCUUCCAGUUCCAAGGCACAGACAACCCCAGUUUCCAGCCCCAAACCACGAAUGUUUCCUACCUCUGGUCCCAGUCCAUGGAUGACUCCGGCUCUUGGUCCCUGGAGCCCCUCAAGGAGACACCCAUUGAGCGGGAGAUCCGGCUGGCCCAGGAGCGUGAGGCUGACCUGCGGGAGCAGAGGGGACUUAGGCGGGCAGCGGGCCACCAGGAGCUGGUGGAGAUCCUCACCCGGCCGGUGCUGACCAAAGUGAACCUGGUCGAGGGCCCGCGGCGGGACCGGGGCCGCCCAUCCCUGUAUGUGCAGCGGGACAUGGUGCAGGAGACCCAGCGUGUGGAAGACCACAGGCGGGCGGGCCUGCAGGCCAGUGGGGCGUCCACACCUGACUGGGUCUCCGAGGACCAUCAGCCAUCACUUGGGGGGAAAAUGAGCUCAGAUUCCAGCCUCAACCCCAUGCCAGAUGCCCGGGCGGCCGACCCAGCCCCAGAGAUGAGGAAGGUGAACCGUAUCCCGCCUGACGCCUACCAGCCGUACCUGGGCGGAGGGACUCCCCAGCCAGAGUUCUCACCCUUCUGGGGAUACCGCAAGCCAAGCGGUCCCCCUGCCUCUCCUAGGCCCACAGAGUCUCAGAGGCCUCUCUCAGAAUCCUCUGGAAAACCUCAGAGUGCAAAGUUCCCUCUGGGACACCCACAAUCCAGCCAGACCACGAUACAACGGGAGUACUUCUGCCUGCGACCCCUGCAGUUCAGGGUCCCAGAUGUACAGCAUCAGGCUGAGGCCUCCCACGUCCGGGGCUGGGAGGUGGCUGGGGCCCCAGCGUUGAGGCUGAAGAGGUCCCAGUCAUCUGACCUGCUGGAGAGGGAGGUGGAGGACGUCCUUCGCAGGGAGCGGGAGGUGGAGGAGCAGCGGAGGAGCGCUUUCUUCCCUGAAGUCUUCUCCUCAACACCAGAGGAUGAGGGCUGUGAGCAAGACUCUAGGAGCUCCUCCAGGGCAUCUGGCAUCAUGGGCAGCUACUCAGUGUCCGAGUCACCCACGUUCACUCCCAUCCACCUGAACUCAGGCCUGGUGUGGACCGUGGAGGACGCAACAGAUGAAGCUGCUGGGCACAGGAAGAAGGGACAGUGGUAUGCGGGCAUCAACCCCUCAGACGGUAUCAACUUGGAGAUCCUGGGAGCCACGCGGGUGACUCGUCACAAGAAUGCCAUGGCCAGGCGCUGGGAGGCCGGCAUCCACACCAGCGAGGACGAGGACUGAGCCUGGGCCUGGGACAGCUGCCAAGUCGCCGAGGAGCCCCCACCCACCAUGGGGCUCGGUCCCCGCUUAAAGUCACCGUCCAAGAACCCGGAGCUGCACAUCCAGUCUGCGGCGAGCACAGUGUAGACGCCAGGGUUUUCUUCGCCACUUUUUAUUUUCUUGGUGGACAUUUGUCUCUUAUUAGGGUCUUUGGCUGGGACCGAAAAGAGAGAUCCCUGCUGAUUCUUUCUGCCUCUUUUUGUUUGUUUGGUUU